AUGCAUGACCCUCUGCUUGUCCACCGCGAGGGGCUUGUGCAGACUGAUGUGCACCGGACAGCAAGUGUGGUGAGUGUGAAGCAGAAGGUCGGGCUUGUGACGCAUGGCCUCUUUGCGGUGGUGGCUGUGGUGGCCUUGGUCCUCUCUGCCCUGGUGGCCUUCUCUGUCGGCAUUGCACUUGCACUCUUUGCCAUCUGUUGGGCUGCCUACUGUGCUGCUGUUGUCUAUCCCAUGCUGUAUCAUCAGCUUACGUCAAAGUGCUCGCCAGCGCCCAUCAUGCCGCUCCUGGCCAGGAUCAUCUUCUAUCUCAUCGCCACUCUCCUCUACGGCUGGAUCACCAUCAUCGACGAGCAGCUGACAAAGAUGCUGACAAACAACGUCGGAUCAGACUCUGGCUUUGUUCACAUCCGCAUCCUCUCGUCCUUUGUCGGCUUUCCCGACGACAUGUACCUCGGCCUCAGCUGUAACGCCACGUCGGGCGUGGCGAGCGUCAGCCUUCAAUCGCAGGCUCGCCUGGGAAAGGCAGAUGCCGGGCACAACCAGAACCAUGUCGCUGCCCUCCUUUCGCACCUGUACGCCACCCGGUUUCCCGACGAGCCGUGCGGCCAGUGA